CGGCGGCGGCGGAGGGGCGGCGGAGGCGGAGGCCCAGCCGAUUCCAAGGUGGAGACUAUCGCUCGGUUGGCGCAGUGGCGGAUCGAGAGCUUCGGCCCCUUCUCUACUCGCCGCUCCGACGCAUUCAAGCUCGGCAUCUGGAACUGGUAUUUGUCCGUCGAGAAGAAUCGGUACCUGUACAUCCGACUCUACCCGGAGCCUUGCCGGGCAACUAAGGAGCAGCCGCCGCACGCUAAGUUUGUUCUCCGUGUAUCCAACUCCGGCCCGGGCCGCCGAACCUACGUUUCCCCAGUACAUGAGAAACUGAUUCGUACAAGUGAAGACUUUGUUUGGGCUGUUGAUGGAACCUUCCAUGGGCGUUUAAUUAUUGACGUAGAGUUUCUGGAAUUGAAAAUCUCCCCCUUAAAUGGAGGAGAACUAUGUUCGAUCUGGCCGAACAAAGAAACAAUGCAGAAUGCUGCGAACAAGGGUGGCCUCAACUGCCUCUCCCGCAUGCUCGAAGAAGAAAUCCAUCCAGACGUCACGAUAAACACGAAGGAGGGCGCACUGCGAGCCCACAAAGCCGUUCUUUCGGCGUGCUCCCCGGUCUUUGAGAGCAUGUUCCUCCAUGAUCUAAAGGAGAAAGAAUCCUCUUCAAUCAACAUCGAAGACAUGUCUGUCGAAUCCUGCUCUGCUCUCCUCAGAUACAUCUAUGGCUCGAUAAACCAAGAGGAUUUCUGGAGGCACCGGCUCUCGUUGCUGGGCGCGGCAAACAAAUACGACAUUUCAAUGCUCAAAGAUUGCUGCGAGGAGAGCCUUCUCGAAGACCUGAACUCGAGUAAUGUGCUUGAGAGGCUCCAGGCGGCUUGGCUUUACCAGUUGAACAAGCUGAAGAAGGGGUGUCUGAUGUAUUUAUUUGAUUUUGGGAAGAUUUAUGAUGUGAAGGAUGAAAUCAAUGGUUUAUUCAGAUAUGCAGACAGGGAGUUGAUAGUGGAUAUGUUCCAGGAGAUGAUUUCUCUAUGGAGGCCUGCCUGAUUGCUGCUUGGAUCAAUCAAAUUUGUAAUUUGAGCCUGGGAAGUUUUACAUACAUGCCACUCAAUUCUGAUGUAUUUACAUAUUCAACACCAUUUCUACAUAUAUGCCACUUAUAUAUUUGCAUGAAAA